UACAGAAGCUAUAAAUGCAGUAGAUUUAUGGCGUCCAUCGCUCAGCCACGUUUUGAGGACAAAGGGUACUGAAAAUCCUCUGACUAGAUUUCCCCACGCGGCAGAUCGAGCCUUCUCCCACUCCUAAUAAUGGCGGUGCGGAUCGUCGCAUCCUAGGGUUGAGCUCCAAUCUCGGAGACUUCCGAUUGGCGUUCAUUUCCAAAUGGACGUCGAGAAAUCGUCGCUCUGCAAUUGCGUUGUCAAUUUCUUGCUGGAGGAGAAUUACUUGCUGACAGCCUUCGAGCUCUUCCAUGAACUCCUCGAUGACGGCCGCGACGAUCAGGCUAUUCGCCUCAAGCAAUUCUUCUCCGAUCCAGCUAAUUUUCCUCCCGAUCAGAUCUCCCGGUUAAACACUCUUCGAGUGGCGGACCCCCAGAGUCUCCUUGAAGAGAAGGAAUCACUGGAAGAAAAAUUGGCAGUUAGUGAAUAUGGACUUCGAUUAGCACAAGAAGACAUCGUCAACCUGAAGGCUGAGUUACUGAAGAAAAAUGAGCUCGGCCUUGAUCAAUCAGUGCCAAGUGUCAUUAAUUCUGCAAAUAACGGAUCAGUUAUUCAGCCAACAAAGAAGGAUGUAUCUUUCUCAGAUUUGGGUCCUCUGAAGGAAAAUGAACGACUAGAUAUCAACUGUGCAGUGAAGGAAUAUUUACUAUUGGCAGGAUAUCGUUUAACUGCUAUGACACUCUGUGAGGAGGUCUCCGAUCAGAACUUAGAUGUAUGGCAAAAGUCACCAGCAUGUGUACCAGAUGCGCUACGGCAUUAUUACUACCAAUUUCUUUCAUCUACUUCGGAAGCUGCUGAGGAGAAAAUAGCAAUGCUUCGUGAAAAUGAGUCGUUGCUGAAAGAAAAUGAUAGGCUAAAAAGUAAUGCACAAUCCAUACUAAAAAGCAAGGAAAAAUCAGAUGCACAGGUCAUGACUUUGACAAAAUCUUUGGAAGCACUGCAAAAAGAUAUCAAGGACAAAGAAAAUCAGGUUCAAGAUCUGACGAAGACUUUGGAAAGCCAAAGAAAAGAACUAAAUGAUUGUAGAGCUGAAAUAACUUCACUAAAAAUGCAUUUUGAAGGAGCUCUAUCAGGAAAAAGUGUUUCACUAACGGACUCAGUAAUUAUGCAUACUGUGCCAGAGCACCAUAGUUGGGAUGUAAAACAAGUUCAGAAUGGAUUAGGAAUAUCCAAACCAGAUCCUGUUGAGGCAAUUGAGAGAGAAGAAGGAAGUCAAGGAGGAGUAGAUGAAACUAGUGAACCAAAAUCAAAAAAUAAUGCAUCAUCUACAUUUAAUACAUCUGCAAAUACUGAGAUAAUGAAUAAACAGGGUUCUGAUGACUCAAUUAUCAAAUCUGAAGAAUUGCCUGUAAAUCAACAACCCUCUUCCAGUGGAAGUGAAUUUGUUGAAAAAGAUGGACAUUUUUCCAAGCAUGAUGGAGAGUCUUCCCCUGAAAAUAGUGGAUUGGAUAAACUUGAUGCUGAAUCAAAUACUGAAAAUAUGGGCUUGGAUACUAUCGAGAUAUUGUCAAAUUCAUUGCCUAAAAUUGUACCUUAUGUUCUAAUCAACCAUCGAGAGGAACUUCUUCCUCUUAUUAUGUGUGCAAUUGAGCGACAUCCAGACAGUGCUACUCGAGAUUCCUUAACCCACACAUUAUUUAAUUUAAUAAAGCGACCAGAUGAGCAGCAAAGAAGCAUUAUAAUGGAUGCUUGUGUUAAUCUUGCCAAGAAUGUAGGACCAUUGAGAACAGAAACCGAACUGCUACCCCAGUGUUGGGAACAAAUUAAUCAUAUGCAUGAGGAGCGUAGACUCCUUGUUGCCCAAUCAUGCGGUGAGCUUGCAGAGUUUGUUCGGCCAGAGAUACGCGAUUCCCUCAUAUUAUCAAUAAUGCAACAGCUCAUUGAGGAUGCUGCCCCAGUUGUGAGGGAGGCUGCUGCUCAUAAUCUGGCUGUGUUGCUAGCUCUCUUCCCAAAUACAGACAAAUAUUUCAAGGUUGAGGAGAUGAUGUUUCAACUAGUUUGCGAUCCCUCUGGUUUAGUUGUAGAAACUACAAUUAAAGAGUUGGUUCCCUCUUUAAUAAAUUGGGGAAACAAGCUGGAUCAUAUUUUAGAAGUUUCACUGUCGCACAUUGUGGGUUCUGCUCAGCGGUGCCCACCUCUUUCAGGGGUCGAAGGUUCCAUUGAGUCACUUCUACAUGUUUUAGGUGAAAGGGAACGAUGGAACAUUGAUGUUUUGUUGCGGUUGCUAUCUGAACUGGUUUCAUACGUGCACCGCCAAGCUGUUGAGACUUGUCCUUAUUCCUCAGUUUCUGAUUCUAAAGAAAUAUCAUUUACUACGUCUUUAUUUGAAAUUUACGCAGGGGGACUAAAGGAGUGGCCAGUCUUUGAGUGGUUGCAUCUCGAGUGCUUCCCCACUUUGAUUGAAUUUUCCUCUCUACUGCCUCAAAAGGAAGAUAGUUUAAGAAAUCGUGUAGUCAAGUUUUUGCGCACAGUGGCUGAAUAUUUUGGGGAACCUUAUUUGACUCACAUCAUGCUGCCCGUGUUUUUAGUAGCUAUCGGAGAUGAUGCAGAUUUCAAAUAUUUCCCAUUGGAAGCCCAGCUAAAACUUAGAGGGUUGAGGCCACAAUCUGAAAUGGCUCAGAGACUCGCAACAAUGUGCAUCCUACCGCUUCUCCUAGCCGGCAUACUAGGACACUCAAGCAAGCGAGACGACUUGACAGAGUACUUGAGGAAUCUGCUGAUUCAAAGUUCUGAACAGGAUGGUCAAUCACCGAAUCAUGAGAUUAUCAACUCUGUCCGCUUUAUUUGUACCUACGAAGAAAAUCAUAAUAUAAUAUUCAACAUCCUGUGGGAAAUGGUUAUGAGUACUAAUGUAAAAUUGAAGAUCAGUGCAGCCAAUCUUCUCAAAGCCAUGGUACCGUAUAUCGAUGCAAAAGUUGCAUCCGCUCGUGUUUUGCCUGCUCUUGUGACUCUCGGCACUGACCAUAACUUGAAUGUGAAAUAUGCAAGUAUCGAUGCCUUUGGUGCUGUAGCGCAACACUUCAAGAAUGACACAAUUGUGGACAAAAUAUGCAUUCAAAUGGACGCUUUUCUGGAAGAUGGAUCACAUGAAGCUACCAUUGCCGUAGUUCGUGCACUGUUAUUAGCCGUGCCACAUACAACUGACAAGCUCCGAGAUUAUCUUAUGGGCAAGAUCGUCAAAUUCACAGCGACACCUUUCCCUUCAAGUGAUGUAAGACGUCGGCGAGAGAGAGCUAAUGCUUUCUGCGAAGCAAUCCGCGCACUCGAUGCAACAGAUCUUCCAGCUUCGAGCGUCCGUGAUUUCCUCCUCCCCGCAAUUCAAAAUCUAAUGAAAGACAUUGAAGCGCUCGAUCCAGCUCACAAGGAAGCUCUAGAAUUCAUACUAAAGGAACGAUCCGGAGGAACCUUUGAUGCUCUCAGUAAAGUGAUGGGUGCUCAUCUUGGACUUGCCUCCUCCGUCUCUAACUUCUCUUCUGUCACAAGCUUUUUCGGUGAAAGCGGGCUGCUCGGGAAGAAGGAAAGCGGAGAUCCAGGGAGCUCGGCUCCAGAAGCUGUCGAAUCCCCGACACAGCCGGCUGAGGACACCAGAUUUCGACGCAUUAUGCGCGGCGGCUUCACGGACAUGCUCCGGGGGAGAAGUGAGCAGUGAGGAACAUCAGACCAUUCUCUUGUCAGAAGGCAGUGAGUAGAAUCAUAAAUCAUUCCCUUAUACUUACUGUAUAGGCUGUGCUUCAUCGAAGGUAGACAGUUAUUCAUUUCUAUUAUUAUUAUUAUUAUUAUUAUUAUUAUUGAUUGGAGUGUUAUUUUGUUGGUAUAAUUUUGAUUUUAUUUGUUUUUGUUAUUGUGUAUGGAAGGAUUUUGUGAAUUGUAUUUAGAAUGUUUUAAUAAGU